AUGAGGGUAUGCCAAGUAACGGCGAUUAGGGUGAUAAACGGGCCCUGUAGUGUUCCCGGUUACACUUCGAGUGAGUGAAAGUCGUGCUCGGUACGGGGUGAGUGUCCAAAAAUUCAUUCCCCCCGCUUUUAAAAAGGGGGGCGGUGGCUCGCAUCAGUGUUUUUUUAUCGUUUCUUUAGACGUCUUCAUCCCGAAAAUAACAAUGGCCGGAGGAUUCGAAUAUGCAUGGAUUUUUAAAAUGCCAAGCUUGCUACCCUGGCAACCUACACACAUUUUCCUGACCCUUUUUUAUUACAUGUGUCAAUUAGCAUCGGUACGGCUACUGAUGGACUUGGCAGAAACUAUGAAAAACAUUGUUGCCAAAGGUAUGCAAACCGAAAUGGGACCACCAGGUGGAGGAUCUGGUUACCCUGGUACACCAAGUAGUGCUGGUUAUGUUACUGAAAAGAUGUAUAUGUUACUACAAGCCUAUCUUCAAAACAAAGGUUGGAAUCCAAGCAUCGAACUGCUGCAAUGUUUUUCUGAAUUCAAAGAUGCAUCUAUGAUACCAAGUGCUGCCUAUUUGCAGAUGAUGGCAUCAAGAAUAGCUCUGGACUCUCAGGGAAGGCUAGUGCUUAGAGAAAAUGGAAAAAUAAUAUUGCCCUAUGAACACUUUGCAAAUGCUGUGAUGUUAAAGCAUAUGAAUGGUCCACAUGGUCUACAUUUGGGCUUAGAAGGGACAGUUAGAGCUGUUAUGGAAUCAUACACUAUUGGACGAGAAUGUUUUGGUAUGGAAAAAGAAUUUAUAAUAGAGGUGGUACAAAAUUGUCCAAAUCCUGCUUGCCGUUAUUACAAAAAUCAGCUUGAAUUAACUCAAAAAAUGGGACAUAUGGCACCAACUUAUAUUCAAGAAAAUGAAACAACAGCUUCUCUCUUACGUAGUAGUUUCCCUCAUAAUACAGAUUUUCAAGCAACUUUAAGCAGUGCUAAUCCAAAUACUCACAUGGGAGGAGGAUCAACAGCAGAUUUGGCAGAAAUGAGAAGUGCUGGGAACCAAAUGAAUCUUCAACGUCCUCCAAGCCGUCCGUCAUUAAAUAUUCCACAUAGACCUGUGUCACAAGAAAAAAAAGUAGCCACUGGGAAGCAACAUUAUGAAUCCUUAAUACCUAAUAUUCCAAUGUCUGAUCACAAAUUAACAGACUUUUUAAGAACGAAUUUAGAUAACUUGGACAAUCUCAGUGGGCUUGGUUUGGGAAAUUUACAAGGGAUAGGAAAUGCAAAUAAGGAUUUAUUAGCUUUACAUAAUGGAGCUUGGCCAUUAGAAAAUGAGAAAGGAUCUCGGGCAUCUUCAAAUUCAGAAGGAGGACAAGAAAAGAUAGUAAGAGCUUUUGCAGAAGUUAUGAAGAAUAUGGCAAGAAUGAAAGCUUGUGUACGUCCUGCAAUGUGCAAACCAUAUGGAAAACAAUCAGAAGCUUUGCAAAAAACUCUGGUGGAUACAAUACAGCUUAUACAGUCGCUAAGAAGUUUUCUGCCACCUCCACAUAUUCCUGUCUCAAGCUGGAAAAAUGAAGAUAAACAUCGAUUAGAUCAUACGGGUACUCCCUAUCUCCCAUCAUUGUAAGUAUUUCUUAUGGUUUAUAUUUUAAGUAUACCCUCGUUACAUGACUAGAGAUAUCAAAUAAAGAGUUAUAAUUUUUAUGCAGAAAGACUGGAGGUUUAGAAGAGUUAUGCGAACAACGCAAGCUAGACUAA